AUGUAUCGUUACCACAUGGCUUCCACAAGCCAUGAUAAAGUAUAUGCAUUGCUGGGACUAGCUGCUGAUGACCCCAACACACCUGGCUUGAAACCGGACUACAACGUUCCAUGGUAUGAUGUUUUCAGUAAUACCAUUCAGUAUAUUCUCUCAGGCGAAGGCAUUGUGGAGACUUAUCCUGAAAAGGACAUCGCAAUCAUCCAGACCAAGUGUUGGAUUUUGGGCUGCAUUGGCUCCGUUGAAGACAUUUAUGAAAGUAACCGACAGAAGCUCAAUAUCCUCUUCAAUGAUACUCCAGAGUCAUCUGUCUUUCAAAAUGAAUGGGGCCGUAGAUGGAUGAUUCAAGCUUCAGCAGAACCUAUUCAAAGUUGUGAUAUCCUAUGUCUUUUACGAGGAAAUUCGAAUCCAUGCAUUAUCAGACUAUCAAAGGAUCACUUUACAAUAAUCAAUAUUGCGAUAACGCCCCAGCAACCUGGAUAUAAUGACAAUCCGGAUACGGAAUCCUUGCGAGAAAUGGACCCAAGGCAAAAUCCGCCGUAUGAUAUUACCCUUAUAUGGGCGAUACCCGUGUCUGACACCGAAAAUGAAGUUCGCCCAAGAGAUCCAAUGGAGCUCAUUCAGAUUGCACCUCAAUACCAGAAAGAACGUCCGGAUACGGAGAAGGGAUCGACUGAUCUGAGGGUCAUUGUUGAUGGCAUUGCAGUACAGUUAGCUGACCAAGGAGAGCCAGACCUGUUCAAAGGCUGGCUGACUCAAAUGGGAACAGCCGUCCCAGUUUCUGAACAAGUGGUCAAAGCAGUGGUAGGAAAUACGACGCCCGAUGGACCACAAAUCGUGAAGGUGCUUCUUCAGUAUCAGGACAAUUUACCAGUUACUGAAGAAGUCGUCAAAGUCGCGGCGGGGAACGAGGGAUAUUGUGGAGAUGAAAUAAUGAGGUUACUUCUUAAAUAUCGACAUAGUCUACAUAUAUCUGAAGAGGUGGUCAAGGUAGUGGCAAUGAACAAGGGUCCGUAUGCACAUUAUAUAAUGGAGCGACUUUUCAAGUAUCAGAAGAAUAUACCGGUUACUGAAGAAGUGAUCAAAGCAGCGGCAGGGAACCGGGGAGUCCGUGGACCUGAAUUGAUGGAGAUACUUCUCAAUCAUCGACAUAGUCUACCAGUUACUGAAGAACUAGUCAGAAUAGUGGCAGGGAAUGAAGGGCUCUAUGCAAAAGACAUUAUGUGGGUCCUUUUUAAACAUCAAGAUGAUAUACUGAUUAAUGAAGAAAUGGUGACGACAGUGGAACAGAGCGAGUUACCUGAGAGAUACGAAAUUGUCAAGUGGAUGCUUUUCAAGCAUCAAGAAAUGAUUAGGAAGCCAGGGUGGAAAGAGAAAUUCCAAAACACAGCAAGGAAGUUUCGGCAGGAAGGUUUGUCGAUUAUGUCGACAAAGCACCACAGGAAGUGA